CCCCAGUUCGCCCCAACCCCCCAAACCCCUCGCCGCCUUCUCGAACCUUCCUUCCCCGCGCCCGACGAUGAGCUCCACGCCCGCCGCCGCGGGUCCGGCGGCGGCGGCGCGGACGGUGGCCUCGGCAGUGCUCCGCGUCCAGAUGGCGCUUCUCGACGGCGCCGCUGCCUCCAACGAGGCCCUCCUCCACGCUGCCGCGUCCGCGCUGCUCUCCCGCGUCGAUUACGACGACGUCGUCACCGAGCGCACCAUCGCCGACGCCUGCGGCAACCCCGCGUGCCCCAACCCGCUCCCCGCGGCCUCCGCGGCCGGCGGGCCCCGGUUCCACAUCUCCCUCCGCGAGCACCGCGUCUACGACCUCGAGGAGGCGCGCAGGUUCUGCUCCGAGCGCUGCCUCGUCGCCUCAGCGGCCCUGGCGGCGUCGCUCCCGGCCGAUCGCCCCUUCGGGGUCCCGCCCGAGCGGCUCGACGCCGUGGUCGCGCUCGUCGAGGGCGCCGGCGCCGGGGAGGGGCACGGCCUAGGGUUUCGGGAUGCGGAUGGGAAGAAGAAGGACGAAGGGGCGAAGCUGGAGAUCAAGGAGAAGGAGGUCGCUGGGGCAGGGGAGGUCACGCUGCAGGACUGGGUUGGGCCCUCGGAUGCCAUCGAGGGGUAUGUCCCGCGCCGCGACCGCACGGCCGAAGGGCAAAAGCCAGCUAUGCAGAACAAAGUUGCUGGAAAUGAGCUGUCCAGAAUCGAGAAUGUGGAUUGUAUGAAUGCUGCUCCUGGUGAAGAUGGCAUGGCAAAUACAUCUCCAUCGGUUGAACCACAUGUGAGCUCAGAAGUAAUAGCUGAGAAGAUGGGCAACAUGAUUCUUAGUGAAAAUACGAAGCCACCUGGAAAGAAGACAACUAAAACCCCAUCGAAGAUGCUGAAGCAGGAGGAAGAUAACAGUAUGUUGUCAUCUUGCAUAUCUGAUUCCAUUGCAAAGCAGCUGGAGGAUGUAGUUCUGGAAGAGAAAAGGGCUAGUAAGAAAACAAAAGCAAGUAAAGCAUCAUCAAGGUCACAGAAGAGUAAGUCUAGAAAAAGGCCUGGUGGAAGUGAUGGGCAUGAGGUGGACUUUACAAGUACAAUCGUUAUUGGGGAUGCUUCGACAGAUAUGGAGCAAGGGACGAUGAAUCAGUAUAACUACUUGUCAAGUUCUAUAUUGACAGACAAUUACGCCUCAUCAUCUCAGUGUGCAGCAAAAGAUUCAACACAAGCUUACGCUGAACAGCUAUGCAGAGAAUUUAGUGAAGCAGUGAGCACUGGAAAAGAUGAGACAAGUGAUGAGAAGAUGAAACCUGUACUAAAGUCUUCAAUGAAGCUUCCUGGGUCUAAGAACGUUAUGCAGUCUGUGACAUGGGCGGAUGAGAAUGGAAGUGUUCUAGAAACAAGCAAACUAUAUGAAAGCCCUUCAAGUAGUAUAAAACAGUCUGAGGAAGGCAUAGACAUUUCACUAAGGCGUGCAUCUGCAGAGGCUUGUGCCGCUGCACUUAUUGAGGCGGCAGAAGCUAUUUCUUCAGGGACAUCAGAAGUAGAUGAUGCAGUUUCAAAGGCUGGAAUCAUCAUAUUGCCUGACAUGCUUCACCAGAAACAAUACAGCAAUGACAAAAGCAGUGGCGGAGAUGAAGAACCUGAAAUUGAUAGGGAUGUCUUGAAGUGGCCUAAGAAGACUGUGCUUCUGGAUACAGACUUGUUUGAGGUCGAUGAUUCUUGGCAUGACACGCCUCCAGAAGGUUUCAGUCUAACACUGUCCGGUUUCGCAACAAUAUGGGCUGCACUAUUCGGAUGGAUCUCCCGGUCAUCUUUGGCUUAUGUGUAUGGGCUUGAUGGGGUUUCCGUGGAAGAGUUGUUGAUUGCCAAAGGGAGGGAAUAUCCUGAGAAGAUAGUUUUGAAAGAUGGGCACUCAGGGGAAAUAAGAAGAGCUCUAGACACAUGUAUUUGCAAUGCCCUGCCAGUACUUGUAUCAAACUUGAGGUUGCAGAUCCCGGUUUCAAAGUUGGAGAUUACUCUGGGCUACUUGAUUGACACGAUGUCAUUUUUUGACCCGCUUCCUUCUCUGCGAUCAAGGCAGUGGCAAGUGGUGGUUCUGGUACUGCUUGAUGCUCUCUCCAUUCACCGGCUUCCUGCCCUUGCUCCUGUCGUCUCAAAUUCAAAGCUUGUGCAAAAGAUGCUGAACGCCGCUCAGGUUAGCAGAGAGGAGUACGACUCGAUGGUUGAUCUCUUCCUCCCUUUUGGAAGAUUCAUUCGGACACCCAUGCCGAUAUAGCUUAAACAAGAGCCUGUGUAAGCUGCGCAAACCGGAUGCUGCUCUGCAUAAGGUUGGAUAUACGUUGAUGCCUGAACAGACAAGAGUAAAUACAAGUUGCUAUCUACUAGUUCUGAUAAGCUAUUGAACCAACUGCACCCGGGCAAUUCAGUGGAGCCGAAAUGCCUGCGACCGUGACGCCUCGUUGUCGCUUGCUAUAUUCCUUCUGCGCCUCCGUAGGCUGUGAGGACAGGCAAUCUUUCCUGUCGCGUUCAGCAACUGUUUAGCCUUUGGUGUGGGGAGAGUGCAGAGCGAAAGAUAACUCACUUUGAAAAGGAUGUUUCCGUAGUAAUUUCACUGAAUUGGGACUUACCCACCGAUAUCUGUUCGUUUUUUUCCUUGGGACUGACUGACACUGAUAUAUAUUCGAUUUAUCUGUGCGUUUUUGGCUGUUGUCCUGAAUA